AUGUCUGCCCUCGAUAAUGCUGAACUUGGUGAAUUGGUAAAAAUAUUUCAAACGCUACAGCGUGAAGAAGUUGCCAAUCAGAUCACAGAACGUAAUGUGGUUGAUAUUGUGAAUAUUCUCCUCAAGAAAAACAUUAUCGAACUGGUCUAUACCACGGAUGGCAAGGAGUACCUCACCCGAGACGAACUGAAGCGUGAGAUAGUCGAUGAGGUCCAUGCCAGCUUCGGACGCCUCAACGUUGUAAAUCUUCCCCGGUUGCUCAGCGUCCACCCCCGACACGUGGAGCAGGCGCUGCCGGAGGUGCUCGAGGAAACCCCUGGCCUCCGACUCGAGGACAGCGAGCUGAUGACGGACCAGUACCUAUGGGAGGCUGUUCAGGCCGCGGCAGACGCCCUCAACGAGCAUGGCUCCCUCCCUGUUACAGAGUUUGCCUCCCGGUAUCAGUUCAGUUCGGGUUUUGCCAUGAGCAUCUUAACGACGGCGGUGCAAGAGGGACGUCUUGACGCCGUUAUUCAGAAUUCCGUCUUGUACACCAAACGAUAUGUUAGCUCACAGAAGAUAAUUCUGCGUUCUGGUCUGCUAGCGGUAACACAGCCGUUGGACUUGGCCGCGUUUUAUGAGCGACAUCAGCUCUUCACUCCGCUUAUGGACACCCUCAUCACUGAGCUUCAGUCUGAGCUGCCUGGGGUGUUCCACGGCCACACGUACACCCCAUCCGUUUUUGAACGCUACCGCACAAGCCAAAUUGAAAAUAUUUAUACCUCUAAUGGUUACAUCGACUACGCCACACUCCAGCGCAUGGGGAUUACAAACGCCAGGCAGUACUUGCUUUCCCGCUACAAUCCAAGCGGUGGCCCCGCGGACGCCUCCCCUACGGGUUCUCCCGUCACCGUCGACACCCAGCGACAUGGGGGGAAGCGGAAAAACGCCAACAAGAGCGCGCAAAAGAACGCCAAGGAUGAGGUCUUGCCCAUAGUACGAGCCAACAAGGAAUACCCGCUCUGUGGGUAUGCACUGAGCCUUUGCUUCAUGUCGGAUCGUCAUCUCGCCAACAUGGUAGCGCUGCAGCCCAUCGCAGAGGCCGAGGUGGCGGCCGUUGACGUUGCCCAGAUCCUUCCGAAUUGUGUCGACUUAGAAAAGGAUUGGCCACUGUUGAGGCCUCGUUUAUGCGAGCUCUACUCUGGGCUGGAUAAAUGCGAUCUAAUUGCUAACGUUAUUUUAAUACGAGAAGAUUUCAAGGUGAAGAUGAGGCCGCUAUUGGUGAGCGCCUUGCAGUCGCAAGAUGUAUUGGUUCAGUCUGGUAAGCAGAAACUGGAGGAAUCGGUCAUCAAAGUGAUUUCUGAUCAACUGGACCUAGACCCUGAGCAGUAUGACGGAGUACUCAAAGAGAUCGCAGACCGCUGGAGUGAUUUCAUCGAAGAUAUUCUGCGACAGGUAGAUGCUCUGCGUAAAGGUAAGGCUGCCUCUCAGGCGAAGGAGUUACGCCAGUCUCUCAUCAGUAAAAUGACUAACAUAUGGGUAGAGCUGGUGGUUCUGUCUAAGGGAAUUCGAUGGGCUAAGCUCGAGUUUGAUGAGGACACCUAUGUGGCCUUGAAUCGGUACGUACUGGGAGGCCAAGCGUAUGAGCUCUGUCGGGAAGUUUUCCUCAAUGAGAGCUUGGAUAAUGUGAAGCUGUUCAAAGAGAUACGUACAGCACUUGAUCAAGUGUCUAACAUAAGUAGCCUAACGAAGGUGCUUGCUCCUUUUCCAGAAAAGGAGCGCCAAGCCCUUAUGCCUAUAGUGGAUGCUCUAAAGGGCAAAGAGUUGGGACCUCUCAUGAAUCUUUUACAGAGUAUGAGUGGUGUUGGUCACAUUGCGAUAGCGUCGUUCCACGCGCCUAACAAAAAAAUCGAACGCGAUACGUACACAAAAAUGAAGAUGGCAGUGGUAGAGGAAGUUCAGGCAACUUCCUUUGGGCAUAGUGCCGCGGAGAACGGUGUGUUGUUCGCGGCUUUGUGCACGAUUUUGAUACAUCACUUGUUUCACGUGCACGUUAGAAUACCAGGUAAAAUGGUUCGCUCCGUUGUUGCACGUCUCGCUAAGGAGUCAAAUGCACCUGCUAACCUUGCUGCAGUGCAUGAGGCAGUUUCGAGCGCUCUGCAGUCCAAUCAAGUGAGCACUGAGAGCUUGGACAAGUUGAACCUAUUUCGUGAACAGGUGUUGGGGGAUAUAUUGAACUAA